AUGGCCGCCCACGGCAAGCCCAAGCCUGCCGGACCGCCCCCGCCCCCGCCCCCGCCCCCGCCUCCGCAGCCGCCCGAGGCGAGGAAGGGCUUCAUGCGCCGCAUGCUCCCUUUCCUCCUAGUCGCCAACCUCUUUGUCGGAGCUUAUGUACUCGUGCGGAGCUACAAAAAGGACUCAGGAAAGAAGGACUCAACCACUGAUCCUGCUACUGCAUCUGCUGCAACUGCUGGGAAGUCUGCCGAACCAGUCUCUGUGCCCAGAAAGGAGCUCCCACCAAUCCCUGAAGAUGACCAGCGCAAGCUCUACAAAUGGAUGCUGGAAGAGAAGCGGAAGAUCAAGCCACGCAAUGCUGCCGAGAAGAAGAAACUUGAUGAGGAGAAGGCCCUUCUCAAGGAGAAGGUGGUUGGGCCUGAUUGGAUUGUGUACAAGCACAGUACUGUGCUAUCUUCCACUCAACCACCAGUCAUCACCCCUCUGUUCUUGCAAGUCGCUGUGGGCAAAAGAGAAUACAGUGGGAACAUAGAACAAGAUGAUUUAUCUUUCCCUGUUACAUCACUUCGGGAGAGUAUGGUAAUAAUGCUGUACAAUGCAGACAAGGAAUUGAUAUCGAAAUCAGAGCUGAAGACAAAAGCAAUUGUGGAGUCAGGAACUAUGGAUGCAGUAUUUACUCUUGAUAGUGGAGGGAAAAUAAUUCUUCAGGUUCAGUUCUUACUCAAUGAUGAUGACCGCAAGCGAAUCCAAGAAAUGAGAAAUUCUGCAAUGAAAAGGAAACAACAAGAGCUGCUUGGGGAUGGCAAUGAACUCAAUUUUCCAGACAGCCCAUUGUCUAAACGGCUCAUAGAGAAGAUUUCCAACAUUCAAAGCAAAGGAGCUGAACGAUCUAAGCUUCCGAAGAGUUUGUCACUGGAUGAUUUGCAAGAGAGGGCUGUGUUAUCUGGAAUAAAUGUGGAUCCACGGUUUAAGAAGGCCUCAAGAGACUCGUUGCUGCAAAGGGGUGUUAGAGACACCUUAAGCUUGGAAGAUCCCAGUGGCUCCAAGAAAGGGAACACUAUACCAGAGAGCAAAUCAAGUAGUUCAGUGAGGAAGAUGAUAAGUACCUUUGAAGGCACCACCCCACAGGGUAUCAUUUCAGAAACUGAUGUAUCACCCACACCCACCGACUCAGGUAGCACGCAGGCAGGCAAAACAGUCAUCCCUUUUGAUGAUCAUAAAGCUUCAAAUUACAGGUCAGGGAAAACCGUUUCGUCUCAGCAUAUAAAAACAAGUGAACCUGUACAAACUGGGAUGCCAAAAACAACUGAAAGCAGCAGAAGCCGUAGUUCUGAAACUGGUGUAUCACCCACACCCACCGACUCAGGCAGCACGCCGGCAGACAAAACAGUCAUUCCUUUUGAUGAUCAUAAAGCUUCAAAUUACAGGUCAAGGAAAACCGUUUCAUCUCAGCAUAUAAAAACGAGUGAACCUGUACAAACUGGGAUGCCGAAAACAACUGAAAGCAGAAGAAGCCGUGAUCACGGCGGUGUAUCACCCACACCCACCGACUCAGCAAAGACACAGCAGGCAAAAAAGCGGUCAUCCUUUUGA